GUGGGGGGUCCGGAGGCGCCGCUGUCACCGCCGCCUUCCCGCCCAGGCCCGCGCAGCCAGGCCAGCCCGGCCCAGUCCCGGCCGCCCGCCGCGCGGCGCGACCAUGUCGGCCACGGACGAGCGGGCCAAGGAGAUCCUCCGGGGCUUCAAGCUAAACUGGAUGAACCUUCGGGAUGCGGAAACGGGGAAAAUCCUCUGGCAAGGAACAGAAGAUCUGUCUGUACCUGGAGUGGAGCAUGAAGCUCGAGUUCCCAAAAAAAUCCUGAAAUGCAAAGCAGUGUCUCGGGAGUUAAACUUUUCCUCAGCAGAACAAAUGGAAAAAUUCCGACUGGAACAGAAAGUUUAUUUCAAAGGGCAGUGUCUAGAAGAAUGGUUCUUUGAAUUCGGUUUUGUGAUUCCUAACUCCACAAACACUUGGCAGUCCUUGAUAGAGGCAGCACCUGAAUCACAGAUGAUGCCAGCUAAUGUUUUAACUGGUAAUGUUAUUAUAGAAACCAAAUUCUAUGAUGACGAUCUCCUCGUAAGCACUUCCAGAGUGAGACUUUUCUACGUUUGAGAUGGGGCUUUUUGGAGCUGUUUUAGUUUUCCUCCAUACAGUUCUUGGUGCAGAACCCCCUGACUAUCCAGUGGAAGACACUCCUGUAGGCGGUGACCCUGGGGACCAGCUCCACAUGGGCUGUGACCUUUGCCCAUCAGUUAUUUUGCUUUCUCCUCUGACAAGGCCAGACCAAACCCUCAGAGGCAGGACCAUGGGCUCAGCGCUGCGCCGGGGGACAGAGGCUGUCUCUGCACACGGUGGUCCUGCAGAACCAAUGCUCUCAGUUAUGUUGUUAGUUUCAUCCUUUGUACCUCUCUGGAUCCUGCUCUCAUCUCCCACUCACACCAGCCUCUCAGUGUGGUUCAUUUUUGAGGGAUUAAGUUCACCUUCUCAGUUUACUCAUGUUGUAGAUUUUUCUCCUUUCACUGGAUUUCUGUGUAUCCACACAUCCUCUUACCCUGAACUUGUAAAAUAGACUGUGAUAUCACCUAAUGUAAUUAAAACAACUUUCUCAAUUAAAACAUUCCUACCGUCCA